UAGGAGGGCACUGUGGCCUGCCCUCCGGUGUGAUGGGAGUGGGGGCCGCCGGCCUCUGUGUGAGGCCCACACAACAGGUGCAUUAUGGCCUGCUGGAGGGGAGGGAGGCCUGGACUGGAACUGAGGGCUCCUGGCCCUGCCGCUUCCUCCCUGGCACUGGCCCUGAGUGGAGCCUCCAUUCCUCAUCUGCAAAAUGGGGCUAGAUCCUUGCCCUGCCUGUCUUCCAACAAGGACAUAAAUGGCACAUGGAAGAUGUACCUGGAAGGUAGCUCCAGUCUGGGGGCUCUGCCUGUGCCCGCCCCUGCGGAGCCCCUCAUCGGGGCCUGGCCAGUAACAAUAGCAGCAAACUCUUACUGUGCACGUAUAGUGUACCAGACGCUGUUCUCCGUGCUUUUAUAUAUGCUCGUUCAUUUACUCUUUGCAACACCCCGUGGAAGGAGGUGUUCGAAUGAUCUUCCUUUUUCCAACGAGACAGCUGAGGCCCAGAGAAGUAAGUCAUUUGCCCAAAGCCACUUUGCUGAUAAGAGGGAAAGCUCUAGAUCCUGUGCUCUUACGGGCCGUUCUCUGCUGCCUUUCUGAACGAAGCUUUCUGCGGGCCUCUCUGUGCACGCCCCCCCCACACCUCUCCCCCGUUUCUGCAGAACCUAGCACCUGUACCAGUCCAUCUCAGAAGACCAGCGUGCUUUGACAAUGACGCAGGGAGUCCCAGCCUAGGCAGUGAGGACCUACAAUUGGGUGCUGGGUGCUGGCCGCGGGGGUACCCAGUGUUGAUGAGCCAGGCACAGGAGAGAUUGUCCUUGGCCUUUGGGUAGGGGAGGGCCAAGAGGGAGGUGGCAUUUGAGUUACAUUUUGGAGGGCUUUGGGCAAGAGGUUGGGAGAGACUGUGUCUCUGGCGGGAGAGAUGGCACAGGCAAAGACAGGGGGGCCAGGGGGCCGGCGGGGGCACGCUGAGGUGGGAGAGCCCCCUGGGUGCCUGAAGGCAGUCUAAUGCAAGGCAGGAUUGGAAAGGAAGAUUGGAACCGGACCCUUGGAUGGAUGGCUGAGCCAUCUGAAUUUUAUUCCCGAGUGAGCGGGGGCCAGUGAAGCUUUCCGAGCCCAGGACCAAUGCAGCCUGAGCCGGCUGGGGACAGGGCCCCUCAAGGAGAGGGGGACAAGGACACCGGGAGGUAGGCCUGGAGGGAAGGGAAUAACCCUGGGCCAGGCAAGUGUUAACAAGGGCCUGAGCUAGUUCGGGGGCCAGAGGCGGGUUGAAGGGAAGCAUUCCGGAGCCAUUCCCAAGCCGGGCCGCAGAUCCGACCCUGCCUGGUGAGGGCUGGACGCGGGGCGCGAAGGAGAGGGCGGCGUCAGAUGGGACACAGUUAGGGCUUAGCACGUGAGACCUCAUGUGGUGAUUUCUGUGACCCACUGGCCGCCCACAGGCCCCUUCAGGGCAGGAUUCCGAGGUCUGGCAGAGGGGAAAGAUUUUGCAUCUGGGUUCACACAAGCCCGGUUCUGCAUUUUAACUCUGGUGCUCACAUGCCGAGUGACCUUGAGCAGGGUAAAUCCCUCUCCGGGUCUCAGUUUUCACAUCUGUAAAAUGGGGAUGAUACAAAUUCCAGCCUUGGGUGGCUGUUCGGAGGGAAUCAUGCGGUGAGACAAUCCACGCAAAACCCUGGGAGUGUAUCAGGCAAAGCAUGAGUGUGCCGGCCAUGGUCACGUCAUCCUCCUCAUGCCCAGCUGCUGGCCGGCUCAGUCCACCACUGAGGCUGGCUUCCUUCCUGAGGGCGGACAGACCCCGGGACGACUUUUUGAAGGAGGCAGAUCCAUUCACUCCCCAAAAUAUUUUGGAACUCUCUCAUUAUGUACCGACCGGCACCGGUCUAAGCAAUGGUGAUAGCCGUGAGCAAAGCAGUGAACACCGCCCCCCCCCGGAGCUGACGUUCUAGAGAGCCAUGAACAGUGUGCGGUGCUGAGUGCCAGGGAGGAAGACAGGGAGAGGGCUAGGAAGUGUAGGGAGGAGGGGGCGGCCAGGAAGGCCUCCAGGAGAAGGGGACCUGAGGCCAGGCUUCAAGGAGGUGGGGUGGCAAGGCGUGGGACUGUCUGAGGAAGACCAUUUCGGGCAGAGGGAACAGUGGGAGGUGCUCGGAGCCGCCCCUCGGUCACACCUCUCAGAUCACGUAGCCAGUCAAGAGUGGGGAAACCACGAAAACAAAUAAAAAACUACAAACCACAGAGCCACCAAACUGCCCUGAAGCCUGAUUUCUGCCUCCUCUUCUCUACCACUGCCCCCCACUACUUUUUGGGACUGAGUUCUGAGAUAAUAAUAAGAGCGAUAGCGUUUAUGGAGCACUUACCAAGUACCAAGUACUCUACUCGGUACUGCCACGUCACGAGCUCGUUUAAUCUCUACAGACAAGCCUCUGAAGGGGGAACGACUCAUUAUCCCCACCUUACAGACAAAGAGCCUGAGAUACAGAGAGGUUAGGGAACUCGCCCAGGGUCACAUAACUCCUGUGUUUCUCCUGUAAAACCCUGUAGGGUAGUCGCCCCUGAUGGGCAGUUGAACUCCGGGGAGCUGGGUCCAAACCCCGGCUUGGUUAGCAGCGAGCCAGGGGGGCGGAUCGCCCCACCACUGCAUCCUCUCCUCUUUCAGAUUGGGCCAAAGGGACUUGAGAGUGAUCCAAGAGGCUUCCCUGGACCUAUGGGACUAAGCUACGCCGCCGUGUUGUGUGGAGAAGGAAGAGGCCCCGCAGAAGGGACUCGUUGAGCCACCCCCGCUCUGCUCCAUGUUGGCGGUGCCCUCAGGCUGGCGCCAUGCCCCCCCCAGCAGAGGUGACGGACCCGUCCCAUGCCCCCGCCGUCCUGCGCCAGCUCAAUGAGCAGCGGCUCCGCGGCCUCUUCUGUGAUGUCACUCUCAUAGCUGGAGACACCAAGUUCCCUGCUCACCGCAGUGUCCUGGCUGCUUCCAGUCCCUUCUUCAGAGAGGCCCUGCUUGCUUCAGCUCCGCUGCCCCUCCCACCAGUUACUGGGGGCCCUGCCCCCAACCCCGCCGCCACCACAACUGCCUCCUCCUCUUCCUCCUCCUCCUCCUCUUCCUCCUCCUCCUCCUCUUCUUCCUCUUCCUCUUCUUCCUCUUCCUCCUCUUCCCCCCCUCCGGCCUCACCCCCCACUUCCUCCCCACCCCGGGUCCUGGAGCUGCCAGGGGUCCCGGCAGCUGCCUUCUCGGAUGUCCUCAACUUCAUCUACAGUGCCCGGCUUGCCCUACCCGGCGGCGGAGGGGACGGGGCAGCGGUGGCGGAGAUCGGAGCUCUGGGGCGGCGUCUGGGCAUCUCACGCCUGCAGGGCCUGGGGGAGGGAGGCGAUGCCUGGGUACCUCCUGCGCCAGCCGCCAUGGCCGCCUCGCAGCCCGCAGACGAGGGCUUCGGGCCUGGGCCGAGGCCCGCCGCGGAGUGGGAGGGCGACAGGGCUGAGGCCCAGGCCUCUGACUCGCAGGCCCCCCUGCCCCGGCGGCCGCUGCCCUGCCCGCGAUGCGGGAAGAGCUUCAUCCAUCCCAAGCGGCUGCAGACCCACGAGGCACAGUGCCGACGGGGGGCCGGCACUCGGGGGUCUGCGGGGCUGGGCUCCGGGGGCUCGGGCCCCAGCGGGCCUGCGGGCGUGGACGCCUCCGCCCUGCCCGCGCCGGUGGGCUUCCGAGGCGGCCCCGAGCACGUGGUGAAGGUGGUGGGCGGCCAUGUGCUGUACGUGUGCGCCGCCUGUGAGCGCUCCUACGUGACCCUGUCCAGCCUGAAGCGGCACAGCAACGUGCACUCCUGGCGGAGGAAGUACCCCUGCCGGUACUGUGAGAAGGUGUUCGCGCUGGCGGAGUACCGGACCAAGCACGAGGUGUGGCACACUGGGGAGCGCAGGUACCAGUGCAUCUUCUGCUGGGAGACCUUUGUCACUUAUUAUAACCUGAAGACCCACCAGCGAGCCUUCCAUGGCAUUAGCCCCGGCCUCUUAGCCAGUGAGAAGACACCCAAUGGAGGCUACAAGCCCAAGCUCAAUACCCUCAAGCUGUACCGCCUGCUCCCCAUGCGGGCAGCCAAGCGGCCCUAUAAGACCUACAGCCAGGGAGCCCCCGAGGCCCCCCUCUCUCCAAGCCUCAACACACCGGCCCCCGUAGCCAUGCCUGCCAGCCCGCCGCCCGGACCCCCACCCGCCCCCCAGCCCGGCCCCCCACCCUCUGUCAUUGCUUUCGCCCGCCCCGCUCCCUCUGUCAUUGUUCACGGGGGCGGUAGCAGUGGUGGAGCAGGGGGUGGGCCGGCCAACACGGGGGGAGCCCAAGCUGCCUCGGUCAUCACUUACACUGCUCCCCCGAGGCCCCCCAAGAAACGUGAGUACCCACCGCCUCCCCCUCAGCCUGCAGCCACGCCAGCCAGCCCGGCCACGGCGGGCAGCCCGGCCACCGCCGCGGGGCCGGCCGCAGCCACGGAGGAGGCCAAGGGCCGGAACCCACGGGCUGGAAGGACUCUGACCUACACGGCCAAGCCAGCCGGCGGGAUUGGCGCGGGUGGGGGUCCCCCUGCGGGGCCCGGCCGGGGCCCCUCUCAGCUACAGGCUCCACCUCCACUGUGUCAGAUCACGGUGCGGAUCGGCGAGGAGGCCAUUGUCAAGCGCCGCAUCUCAGAGACUGACCUGCGUCCCGGGGAGCUGAGCGGAGAGGAGGCGGAGGAGAGCGACGACGACGACGACGACGACGACGACGACGACGAGGACGCGGACGAGGACGGGGACGAGGACGAGGAGGGGUCGCGGGCUGGCGCGGAGGACCAGCUCUGGCGGCCCUACUACUCCUACAAGCCCAAGCGCAAGGCCGGGGCGGCGGGCGCGGGCGGCAGCGGGGGCGGCGCGCUGCCCCGGGGCCGCCGGCCGCCCCGCUGGAGACAGAAGCCGGAGCGCAGGGGCUGGGAGGACACGCCGGCGGCCGAGGGCCCCGCGGGGCGCGCCCGGGCCGAGCGGAGGCACCGCUGCGCGGAUUGCGCCCAGACCUUCGCCAGCCUGAGGAAGCUGCGCAAGCACCAGGAGGCGCACGGCGGCGGCGCGCACGGCUCCCGCGCCGGCCGCAGGCCCUCGGGCCGCUUCGCCUGCCCCCACUGCGCCAAGGUGUGCAAGACGGCGGCCGCCCUGAGCCGCCACGGCCAGAGGCACGCGGCCGAGCGGCCCGGGGGCACCCCCACGCCGGUCAUCGCCUACUCCAAGGGCAGCGCCGGCACCAGAGCCGGGGAGGUCAAGGAGGAGGCCCCCCAAGAGAUGCAAGUCUCCUCGUCCAGCGGCGAGGCAGGCGGCGGGAGCGCUGCUGCUGCUGCGGAGGGAGCGUCCGAGACCGCCUCUCUCCAGGACCCUGUCAUCUCAGGGGGUGAGGAGCCCCCGCUGGUGGCAGGAGGGGGCACCUAUGCAUAUCCGCCUGUGCAGGAAUUUCCACUGGCUCUGAUUGGGAGCGGCAGGGAACCUAGUGGUGGGAGGGGGAAAAGUGGCAGCGAGGGGCCGGUGGGGGCUGGGGAGGGGGACCGCGCGGAGGGGUUGGGGGCUGCCAAAGUCACCUUCUACCCAGAGCCCUACCCGCUCGUCUAUGGCCCCCAGCUCCUUGCCGCUUACCCUUACAACUUCAGCAACCUGGCCGCUCUCCCGGUUGCUCUUAACAUGGUCCUACCUGAUGAGAAGGGUGGGGGGGCCCUUCCCUUCCUUCCAGGGGUUUUUGGCUACGCAGUCAAUCCUCAAGCAGCACCCUCUACUCCCCCAACCCCGCCUCCGCCCACUCUUCCUCCACCAGUCCCCCCUAAGGGGGAAGGGGAAAGGGCAGGGCUUGAGAGAACCCAGAAGGGAGAUGUGGGGUGAGCUCUGGGCCCACCUCCCCCCUUUCACCAGAUGCCACCCUCCCCGAACCCCCUGCCACUACCAGCUCCCUGGCUUCCCUGCCCCUUGGGAGCCCCUCCACACUCUUGUGCAGGGACUUGGGGGCCCCUGGAGCUCAGGGGUCAGGCUGCUUUGUGUGAGAUUGUAGUUUUCCCAUCUCCUGGGAAGGGAUCUUGGGUGGUUCCCCUCUCAGUUCUCCUCCAGGGAAUGGCCUCCAUGAGGGGCAGGGCCAGCUCCCAUCCUUUCUCCAGCCCUUGGGGCAACUGAGCAAUAUACUUAUAUGAAUCUCUACUCACGGCCCCCACCAGCUCUGAAUGUCUAACCUACCCUCCUGAUUCGUAAACCCCCGGGGGGGGGGAAACCAUCUCUCUCGCCUAGUGACCUCCCCUCAUUCUGAAGCUUUCUCUAAGCCCCUGCCUAGAUGCUUCCUAGCACAUUCCAUUCUUCGUGGCCCAGGGCCUGGACCAGACCAUUGUGAUACCUGACACCCGCCCAUCUGGAAGCAUGGCUUCCAUUCUUCCCAGGGGUGGGUUUCUGCGUCCCUGUCUCCUUGGCUUCCAUGCCUUUAGAUCUUCCAUAUUCCUCCUCACUCUCCUAGACUCUGGAGGUGGCCUCUUCCAGUCCAGGUCAAGGAGGUGUUGGGGGGAGGGCUACCCAUCUGUUCCACGGCUGAGCACUUUCCCAGCCCAGGGCAGCACUAAUCUUGGCCCUAUCUUGACCCCCAAAUCCAGUGAGCCCCAGAUUCUUCCAAGGCAAAGAGGUGAGUAGAUCACACCUCUUCCUGCCUCUACCUAUGGCCUCUUCUGGGCUAAAUCAGAUUUGGGGGCCAGGAGGAGGGAGCUCCAUAUGGGACGGGGAAGGGAAUCUACUUUCUCCCUGGUUUUGUUUUGUUUUGUUCUUUUCCUGAUGGUUUCUCCCAAACUAGACCAAAUAGCCAGAAAAGUGAUGGGGGUUGGAUGGGUGGGUAAGCCCAAGAUUUGCACAUGACCUCCCAUCCUUACCUUUACCUCCAUUUUCCCCAGUUUCGCCUCCCUCACCAUCCACUCCAGGUGGUUUUUGGGGAACCAUCCUACUCUCUCGGUGGGCUUUGGGGUAUCCCCACCAACUUUUCCUCCAGAAUAGCACCUUACACCCCAUCUUUGACUCAGUUCCCCACACCCAAAGAUCCCAGCCUAGGGAUGGGGUGCAGGGACCUUAAACAGUCCCUAAUCCCUAAUUUGCACUAGUUAACCCUGGUCAGGGGUCCGUACGUUUCCUUCCAGUGGGGGAGUUGAAGAAAUGUUUGCUCCUAAUUCUCUCUGACGACCGGGCGUCCCCACUCUGUGAUCGGAUGAACAUUUCCCAUCCCACCCACCUCCCCCCUCCCAAAAAAAAAAAAAAAAAACCACAAAACAAAAAACAGCUCACAAGGGGAGAGUCAGGUUGGGGGAGCAAAUCUGAUAAAUGGGAAUUAGAGGAGUGCAGUUUAAAAGGGGGAAAUGCUGCCACCAUUGAGAUGGGAGCUUAAUCCCAGCUACUGUUUUCCGGGGCCAAGAUGGCUGCCCUGUCUCGUGGCUGAAAGGGCAAGAUCAUGGCUUUUGGAGGGAGGUGAGCUUGGGGGAAGGACCAGGAGCAUCCUCCUGCCACCCCUUACCCUCCUAGUCUACAGGAAGGGGGAGGUUUUUGACAGGCUCCUGAAUGUUAACCACGGAGGAGUGUCAUUCCUUCUCUCCUCCUCUGUCUCUUUGCACUUUUCCUGGUCUUGGCCACAGUCCGAGUGAAGAGUUCCUACUGAAUGUACCAAGUUCCAAUUUUUAAGGGGGUAAAAUGCUUAAAACGGGAAAUGCAAAAAAAAAAAAAAAAAAAUCACUAAAAAAUUCCCACAAAUCUCGUUUCUGGCACUUUAGAAAAACUGCGAAAAAAGAACAUAAUAAAGAAUACAUAUAUAUAUAUCUACACACAAAUUUUAUAUACACACACACACACACACACAUAUAUAUAUAUACACACACAUACACACACACACACAGCGGAACCACAAGGGAGACAGAAGCCUUGGAGGCAGGGGGGCAGACGUGAUGACAGCUCUCCCAUAUCCUUAACCUGCACUCCUCUGAGGCAGAAAGGCACAGGUAACGGAAGGAGUUGAGGAUGGACCGGGGGAUUUGAAUUUCAGAACAGGUCAAAAUUCCAAAACCACGGACAUUUUCGGGAGAACUGAGAUUGUAGACACUUAUUUUUUUGGAAAAUAUGAUUUAGGAAACUAGCUUCCAGAAUCUGGUGGUUCUGGGCAACAAAUGAGAUCGUGGCAAAUUGGAGAUUAAAAUACGUGUAUCCGAGCUGGGGAACUUGAAUAUUGUGACUUUCAGAUGUUGGAAAUUUGGGAUUUUGCAAUUCCGUCUUUUGAAAAUUAUUCAAGUCUUGUCAGUUUGUGCCCUCUCUCCCCGUUCCCUGGGGAGAAGGGUGAUGGUGGAGUGGAAAGGCCACUGGUUCUGUGCCACAGCACGCAAGGUUUAGAAUCCUACAGACUGUAGCUCUAUACGUAGUGAGGACCCAGAUUUAGAGAAACUGACCAAUAUUUAUCUCCGCAUCUGUGUGUGUGUCCAACUCUCUAGGCCAAUAAACCAACAAGACAAACAAA